CGGUAGCACUUACGGCUUGCGGGAUGCGGUGGUGAAGGUAGUUACCAUGGAGUUGCGCUGAGUAAGCCUGAGGUAGUGCGACGCCGAGGCUGGAGGGAAAGCAACUGCGGGGGUAUUUCCAUUUUGACAGGGAACAAUCCCUGAACCCAAAGGAAUGAAUCCCUAAUGGUGGAGUUUCAGGCACUGGUGACAGGCUGAACCCGGACUCCCAGGGCCAAUGCUUACACCUGACAAAUGAUGGCCUGAGCUAUGAGCAAACCGGACUAUAUGAACACUUCGGUGCAAGAGCCCCCUCUUGACUACUCCUUCCGAAGCAUCCACGUGAUCCAAGACCUGACGAGCGAGGAGCCACGGACAGGGCUACGACCAAUAAGGCACUCAAAGUCAGGGAAGUCACUGACCCAGUCCCUGUGGCUGAACAACAAUGUCCUCAAUGACCUGAGAGACUUCAGCCAUGUGGUUUCAUUGCUUCUGGAGCAUCCAGAGAACCUGGCCUGGAUCGACCUGUCCUUCAACGACCUGACUUCCAUUGACCCUGUCCUGACAACUUUUUUCAACCUCAGUGUACUCUACCUCCAUGGCAACAGCAUCCAGCGCCUGGGAGAGGUGAACAAACUGGCUGUCCUCCCGCGGCUCCGGAGCCUCACACUCCACGGGAACCCCAUAGAGGAAGAGAAGGGGUAUAGGCAAUAUGUGCUGUGCACCCUGCCCCGUAUCACCACAUUCGACUUCAGUGGGGUCACCAAGGCAGACCAUGCCUCAGCUGAAGUGUGGAAACGCAUGAACAUCAAGCCCAAGAAGGUCCGGAUCAAGCAGAAUGCACUCUGAGGUUCCCAGGGCCCCAGCAGUCCUAAAGGCCAAGGAUGAUAUCCUGGGGUCAGAGCUGCUUCACAGAGCGCCAAGUUUCUGUGGAAAUGCCUCAGAGAAGAUUUUAUAGGCUGUGAUCUCUGAAC